GAGGAGGAGUCUCUGCUACUUCCACCCAUAUCUUUCUCCGUCCAUGGGCAGAUCUAUAUAUUAUCUGUGGAGAUAGCACCAGUAGCAGACAGACCAUCCUCAAGAGUGUGAACCUAAUGUGUCCACCUACUCUCCUGUGUGGGAGCAACUGGGAACAGUCUGUUGAUGACUUUUUUUCCCCACAGAAUAUCCUAGAAGGUCUAUCCUAGAAGGGAUUAACAGUAUUUCAGGGCUGCCAUCCUAAGAUCCUGAACAUGGGAGAGUGCAUUUCAGUCCGUGUUUUGCUGAUGUUUCUGGCCCUAAUCAGCUAUCUAAUUGCACUGACAUUCAACAUAUUGGCUCUAUUUGGGCCCUGGACAGGUGCGUUUAUGCAAACCACACAGUAUGUGCUGAGCAAGUCCACAACGCACCUAACCCCGGAUAGAUGGGUACUCUUUCUAUGGGACGUCCUUAACAUCUGGUUGAUCGGCAUGUUCAUCUAUCUGAUACACAAUCUCCGUAGAAGGGAAGCAUAUACAUGGAUGUACACCACUCCUGCUGUCCUGCCCUACGGAUUCUACUUGUCCUGGAUCGUGAAUAGCAUUUUGAAUAUGGCAUGGUUAUUUCUGUAUGACAAAGAAUUCUGUGUUUGUCAUAGAAAGAUGGUGCCAACGCUGCUGAUCACAGCAUUACAGGCCAUCUCCAACUGCGUGAUUAUCAUGUUCUCCUGCUACGGACUGGUCGUCUAUGGAGCGUGGCUCCAUAAAUAUCACAACAAUGAUCUCUGGCUCAUUCGAAUACUGGUGCAAAACGGAGUGGCUUUGUAUGCAACAUGGUGGGCUGUGGCUACCUUUUUACACUUGACCGUUGUUUUAGACCAUCAAACCCCAAUACCCAAGACAGAUGCUGCCAUAAUGGUACUAGUGCUGCUCCAAUUGGGACUCAUAGGAUGGUUUGUCAUAGAGAACUGGUACCUGGAUAAGCACGUGCGCUACAUCCUCACAGUGUACCCUGUGGUGAUCCUGGUGUUGGCCGCGAGUGUGGCCAAUCCAGCCACGCCCGGUACCCACAUAGACAUCAUGUCUGCUGUCAUAUUGGCCAUAACUAGUGUCAUAUUCAUUGUACGCAUUGUCAUGGUGUUAUGGAAGCACAACAACAAACCGUUUUACGGAGAAGAGGAGCUCAUGUCUCCAGUGGACAUCGCCAGAACACAGAAGCUCAUCUUUAUGUAGGAAGAAGAGAGCCGCUGCGGAGAUUCACGCGCCCCCCGCUGCGGAGAUUCACGUUUGAAUGUUGUUUUCCUAAACGUUUAAUGGCUGAGACGUGAUCAAACUCUCCCUGUGUUGGAUUCAUAAGGCUUUGCUUCAGCAAGACAUGUAGGUGAUGAUUUAGGCUAGGAGUGCCUUUGUACCGUACAGAUUUAGUUCAUAACCAUUGGCCAUGCUAAUGUCUUUUUCGAAAUCAUAUCAAUGACUGUGUGUGAUAAAACUAUGGACCGGCAUUCUCUCAUGACCACAAUACUAAUUCAAUGGCAUUAAUGUGAUUGUGUUCUUUUUUAAAUGUAUUUAGUUAACCUUUAACUGCCACCAUAUUGUUUUUAUACCAGGAUCUGAUCUACCUUUGUGUUUUGACGUUUUGUUUUAGGUGCUAUACUAUACAACAAUUUGGACUGCAUUUAUGUAUGAAUGAAGCUAUAGAAAUAAAGUGUAUUGUUAUACUUACCAACG